AUGUGGGUAAUUGAUCCUGGAUAUGCACACUUCUGUACAAAACCUCAGAUGAUGAUUUGUCGAAUCAUUUUAUUGCAAGGUCGACAAAGGCAAACUCUUCAUUCUGCUAUUGUUCGCAAGCCAGGCUUGCUGAACCCGUCCAUCGGCUCAAAAAUCGCCCCAAGUGGUGCCGGCUGCUUAUUUUCCGUUCGUCGGUCAUUUUAA